ACUUUGACGAGGAUGCCAACGCGGGCAACCUCGCCAUGGAGGGCCGCGUCAUGGAGAUGCUCUCGGAGCACACGUGCGAGGGCUGGCUCGAGGGCUACAUCCUCACGGGCCGCCACGGCAUGCUCAACUCGUACGAGCCCUUCAUCCCCAUCGUCAGCUCCAUGGUCAACCAGCACUGCAAGUGGCUCGAGAAGUGCCUCGAGGUCGAGUGGCGCCACAAGGUCGCCUCGCUCAACAUUCUCCUGACGGCCGUCGUCUGGCGCCAGGACCACAACGGCUUCACCCACCAGGACCCGGGCUUCCUCGACACGGUCGUCAACAAGUCGCCCGACGUGGUGCGCGUCUACCUGCCGCCCGACGGCAACUGCCUGCUGUCCGUCAUGGACCACUGCUUCGCCUCGGCCAACUACGUCAAUGUCGUCGUCGCCGACAAGCAGGACCACCUGCAGUACCUGUCCAUGGACAAGGCCGUCGAGCACUGCACCAAGGGCAUCGGCAUCUGGCCGCAGUUCAGCACCGACGCCGGCGCCGAGCCCGACGUCGUCAUGGCCUCGUGCGGCGACGUCUCGACCCACGAGUCCCUCGCCGCCAUCGACCUGCUGCUGACGCACUUCCCCGACCUCAAGAUCCGCUGCGUCAACGUCGUCGACCUCUUCAAGCUCAUCCACCACACGGACCACUCCCACGGCCUCACCGACGCCGAGUGGACCGCCCUCUUCACCGCCAACGUCCCCGUCAUAUUCAACUUCCACUCCUACCCCUGGCUCGUCCACCGCCUGACCUACAAGCGGCCCGGCGCCGCCAACCUCCACGUCCGCGGCUACAAGGAGAAGGGCAACAUUGACACGCCCCUCGAGCUGGCCAUCCGCAACCAGACCGACCGCUUCAGCCUCGCCAUCGACGCCAUCGACCGCAUCCCGAGCCUGCACAACCGCGGUGCCGCCGCGAGGGAGGCCCUGCGCAACGAGCAGAUUCGCGCCCAGAACGUCGCCUUCGAGACGGGGCUGGACCCCCCCUUCCUCAAGGACUGGCAGUGGAAGCGUGGCGGCCUGUGGCAGCAGUAGGAGGCGCGCGCGUCCGGGGGUGAGAUGCGACAAUGGCGUUGGUGGUCAUGGUGUCAAUUAGCUCUUAAUGAAUAUGUAUUUCCUUCG